UAUACACAUACACACAUGCACUUUCCUUACUUCUUCAUUAUUCUCUCAAAACACAUCAAUCCUCUCUCUCUCUCUCUAAAAAUGGAGAAAACUCUAGCAACUCCCGACAACGCUAGAUCUCUUUCACCGUCAUCUUCAGCCGCUGUGAAAUCACGAACCGGUGGUUUCGAACGCAGAACCAAACGGAGAUUGUCGCAGACUAAGGCAAGCGUGUGUGUCUCCGGCCAAGAAGAAGAUGACGAAGAAGAGGUAAAGGAGAAAAUUGAGGCGUUGCAAAGGAUUAUUCCCGGUGGAACUGCGCUUGGUGUAGACGCGCUCUUCGAAGAGACAGCUGGUUACAUAAUGUCUCUACAAUGUCAGAUCAAAACCAUUAAAGUCCUCACUUCAUUUAUCCAAAGCUUAGAUAAACAAGAUAUGAAGUUCGGAGGUUGAAGAUGAUGAUGACACCAAAGAUUGUUCUUCUUUUCUUUUGGUUAAGAAAAAAAGUAUGUUCUUAUUCAAUUUUAAUUUUAGCUCUCUUUUUAAUAUGGCUUUUAUUAGCUUUGACAAAAGGGGAAAGAGAUCUCAGUAUUUUUCUCUUCGAAAUCUUUUUCGUUAGCAAGCAUCAAAAUUCUUAUUUUAUCUAAGCCGGUUCGUUGUCAUGCCU